GAUUGAUAGAGGUCAACGUUCACUGGUUUGUGAUUGCAACCUCAGUGUUCCUCGAGCAGUCGAUCAUGAUGGAUCUCCCUACUGCUUUUGGUUUAAUAAAUGCAUUAUUCUGUUGUUACAUUACUUCUGCUAGCUCAAUAGAAUAUGGUAAAUUUAAACCAGCUCAAAACCAGGCAGUAGAAGACAUCAAGUAUGACUUUGUGAUCAAAAAGUUUCGAGUACCCCUCGAUCAUUUCAGUUUUUCAAUGAACGCUACAUUUGAGAUGCGAUACCUCGUUAACGACACAUGGCAGAGGGGCAAUGAUCCACCUAUAUUCUUUUACACAGGAAAUGAAGGGGACAUCGAACUCUUUGCUCAAAAUACGGGUUUUAUGUGGGAAAUUGCACCAACCUUUGGCGCAUGUUUAAUCUUUGCUGAGCAUCGCUAUUACGGAAAAUCUAUGCCGUUUGGUAACGAAUCUUAUUCAGAUUCUAGUCAUCUCGGAUAUUUAACAAGCCAACAAGCCUUAGCUGAUUACGCUGACUUGAUAAGUUUUCUAAAAUCUGCUUCGAACAUGAAACAUAGCCCUGUCAUUGUAUUUGGAGGCUCUUACGGUGGAAUGCUUAGCGCAUGGAUGCGGAUGAAGUAUCCACACCUUGUCAAAGGAGCAAUCGCAGCUUCGGCUCCGAUCCUGCAAUUCACUGGUAUCACCGAAUGCGGCGCAUUUGCGAGAGUCGUCACAUCAGAUUUUCGCAUUGCCCAUCCAGAAUGUCCGAAAACAAUUCUCAAAUCGUGGACAGCAAUCGAAAACGUCACCUCAACUGAAAAUGGGAGGAAAUGGUUUUCAGAAAAUUGGAAAUUGUGCCAGCCGUUGAAAAAUUCAUCAGACAUCAAAGUGCUGAAGGACUUUCUGACCGAUAUUUACGGAAAUUUAGCAAUGGUAAACUAUCCAUACGCGUCAAACUUCUUAGCGCCAUUACCUGCGUAUCCAAUAUCUAAAGUCUGCAGCUACUUGACGAACUCGAAUCAGAACGACAUGGCGCUUCUUCUUGAUCUCAACAAAGCGAUUAGUGUGUUUACAAAUGGCACAGGAAACAGCAAGUGCUUAUCUGUGAGCGAAAACUCUUCUCCAAAUCUGGAUAGCAAAGGGUGGUCGUAUCAAUCUUGCACAGAGAUGGUCAUGCCCAUGUGUACCAAUGGCGUGGAUGACAUGUUCGAAAAAAUUCCUUGGGAUUUUAAGAAAUUUAGCGACGACUGCUAUCAGAAUUUCAAGUCAAGACCCCAGCCUUAUCUAGCCUGCGAGGAAUAUGGAUGUCAGGAUCUAUCUGCAGCUAGUAACAUCGUGUUUAGUAAUGGAUUGUUGGACCCUUGGUCAACUGGUGGAGUUUUAUCAAACGUUUCGUCAUCGACAGUGGCAAUUCUCAUACCAGAAGGCGCUCACCAUCUAGAUCUCAGGGCAAGUAAUCCCCAUGAUCCAUCUAGCGUGAUUCAGACGCGACAAAUUCACUGCAAUUUUAUUAAAAAGUGGAUUCAUGAGCAUUGGGUACCUGUUGAUGAUAAAAAUACAGUACAAUAUGAAAUUAUAAGUGUUUGAUAAAAGACAUAAUUUUGUUUCUUAUAUUAAUACGGGGAAAGUUUUCAUACUGAAUUUGAAAUAUUAAUAGAAAUAGGAUCUUUUAUAAUAUUUACUCUUUGUUUAUUCAAAUUACGGAUAUAAAUGGUUUUACAUAAGUGGAUAAAUAACACGUUGCUCGUGAGUUUACUUUAAUUAAAUUUGAGAAAAGAGAUUAAAAGUCAUCGACAUAGAUUUGUUGCAAUAAUGUAAAAACAUAUUGCUGGUGAUUCGUCGGAUUUAUUACUAUUAAAAAGCUGCAGUAUACGUAUAUUAAUUACUAAUCAGAUCGUCAAUCU